AUGGCAUUGGCGACGCCGCUCCGCCACCUCCUCGCCGCGCAGCCCGAGCCCGCCGCCGGAGCGGCGCCGUCCUUGGCCCUGACGCAGCCAGGACGCGCCUUCCCACCCCACCGUGGCGUCCGCUUCCGCGCCAGGCACGCGGCGGCGCCCUUAUCGUCGCCACCUGCCAGGGCCGCCGGGGUCGCGGCGAGGGCGGCGGGCGGGGGGCGGCCGACGGUGCUGGUCACGGAGAAGCUGGGGGCGGCGGGGCUGGAGCUGCUGCGGGCGUUCGCCAACGUGGACUGCGCGUACGAGCUGACGGCGGAGGAGCUGCGCGCCAAGGUGUCGCUGGUGGACGCGCUGGUGGUGCGCAGCGCCACGCGGGUGACCCGGGAGGUCUUCGAGGCGGCGCGCGGGCGGCUGCGCGUCGUGGGCCGCGCCGGCGUCGGCAUCGACAACGUCGACCUCCAGGCCGCCACGGAGGCCGGCUGCCUCGUCGUCAACGCGCCCACCGCCAACACCGUCGCCGCCGCCGAGCACGCCGUCGCGCUGCUCGCCGCCAUGGCCCGCAAUGUCGCCCAGGCCGACGCCUCCCUCAAGACCGGCAAAUGGCAGCGUAGCAAAUAUGUCGGCGUUUCCUUGGUUGGAAAGACAAUAGCUAUUAUGGGCUUCGGGAAGGUUGGUUCAGAGGUUGCUCGACGCGUGAAAGGACUUGGAAUGGAUGUCAUUGCUCAUGACCCAUAUGCCCCCGUCGAUAGAGCCCGAGCUAUCGGUGUAGAUCUCGUAUCAUUCGAUGACGCCAUCUCCACUGCAGACUUCAUAUCACUGCAUAUGCCUCUAACACCAUCAACAACAAAAAUUUUCAACGACGAGACUUUUGCAAAAAUGACGAAAGGAGUAAGGCUUAUCAAUGUUGCGAGGGGUGGAGUGGUUGAUGAAGAAGCAUUGCUGAGAGCACUUGAUAAUGGGACUGUUGCACAGGCAGCACUCGACGUGUUCUUUGAAGAGCCACCGCCGAAAGACAGCAAGUUAGUACACCAUGAAAAUGUCACAGUGACACCGCACCUUGGAGCUAGCACAACAGAAGCACAGGAAGGAGUUGCCCUUGAAAUCGCACAGGCUGUUAUCGGUGCACUGAAAGGUGAACUGGCUGCCACUGCUGUCAAUGCCCCAAUGGUCUCUGCUGAGAUUUUAGCCGAGUUAUCCCCAUAUGUCAUCCUUGCUGAGAAGCUGGGACGUCUUGCCGUGCAACUCGUGGCUGGUGGCAGUGGGAUCAAGGCAGUCAAGGUCGUUUACUCAUCGGCUAGAGACCCGGAUGACUUGGACACAGGAAUUCUCCGCGCCAUGGUCACGAAAGGCAUCGUCGAACCCAUUUCAAGUGCAUUUGUCAACAUUGUCAAUGCUGACUACGUCGCCAAGCAACGAGGGCUCCGCAUAAUCGAGGAGCAGAUUCUCCUCGACGGCUCCCCUGAGGUCCCUAUAAACUCCAUCCAGGUCCAGCUUGCCAAUGUGGAGUCCAAGUUCGCCGGCGCGCUGUCCGACGACGGUGACAUCAGGGUGGAGGGGAAGGUUAAGGAUGGCACGCCGCAUCUCACGCUCGUCGGCCCUUUCAGCGUCGACGUCAGCCUUGAGGGCAACUUGUUGCUGUGCCGGCAGGUCGACCAGCCGGGCAUCAUCGGCAAGGUGGGAUCGAUUCUCGGGACGAUGAACCUGAAUGUCAACUUUAUGAGCGUUGGCAGGAUUGCUCCAGGGAAGCAGGCCAUCAUGGCCAUUGGGAUUGAUGAGGAGCCUGAUAAGGAAGCUCUCAAGUUGAUCGGGGAGACGCCCUCGGUACAGGAGUUUGUCUUUCUAAAGCUUUAG